AUGAAACGUGAAAAGGGUUUUGAAAACCCUAGGAAACAGAAAGGCGGGAUAAUGGUUCCACUUCCCUCUUUUCGGCUGAAGAAAAACGUAAAUAAAUAUCCAAAUACCAUUCCUUGUCUCCCUCAAAACGCCGAUCACCGGAUAAAAUCUACGCUAGCUGUUUUGGAUGGGAAUAUGUGGAUUUGGAACCCCAUUUCUUUGCCCUCUCAAUGCAAAAUAGUCUCCAGCAGUGUGGACCUUAGGUCAUCUAAGGUUUGUGAACUGGGGCCGCUAAAUUAUAAAGCGAAGUAUGUGUUAUAUCCAUUUGAAAGUAAGAAGUAUCGAUGCCAUUAUGACUACUAUUGGGCUUCUGUAUUAAAGGUUGAAUAUAUAGAUCAUUCUGGGCAGGCAAGGCUGGCUGUGGCCGAGGCUCCAAAUGAAGCUCUCCCUUCUAACUGCAGACCCAAUUUUGGUGCUGCUUGGUUGGCCAAAGAUAAAUUUAAGGUGAAUGAAACGUAUGAAUGCUGGUAUACGUUGGGCAUUUCUAAAGUGAACAUCAAUCUUGAUGGUUUAUUCGAUUGCAAAGCAAAGGAGCUCUCUACUGUUGAAAUGCUUAGAUGGUAUUCCAUUGUAUUCACAAGUUUAUUGAAGUGGAGGUUUGGUGGCACGUCAAUUGGGCUAUGGCGAUGGGAUGCAAUAGCAGGAGUUGUUACCGGAUUUUCAACUUCUUUGAUAUCCGUCACUUUGGUUGGAUUUUUAUGCCCAUUGAUGUCUUUUAUAUGCCGAUUAUGUGCAGUAAAGAAACUCCCUCAUUUUCCUAGUACCAUCCUAUUAAAGCGAGCCUGGUUGUUUACAUUAUACCUCUCUUUCAUGAGUUGGGUCACUAUUCAAUAUAUAGAGAGGCUUGGCUUUAAGAUUUUAUAG